AUGAGUCCUCCACAUCAAAUAAGACGUGCUUCAACUCCAUCAAUUCCUGCAAAUGCCUAUCAUCCACAAACAAGAAGGGGCUCAAGUUCCGUAAUAAGUGCUUUCAACCAUAUUUUAGGUCCCCAAUCUUCCGAUAAUGUUAAUAGUGCUUUACAGAGAACAAAAUCACAUGGCUCAAUAGGUGACCAAGUUCAGAAGACAAGAAGUGCUAGUAACCCUCGUGUCCGACCGCUCCGUAAUACGAAUCCCUUCGUCGCAGAGGCAUCUAGGAGAAGUAGCGCUCCAAAUACCCCAAGCAUACGUAGAUUAUCACUUAGUUCGUCUCAUAACAGUGUAUCUUCAUCCCAAUCGCCCAUGAAAACUUCUCCAAACACUGAAAAUCCACGUCGUAAGGGGAAGAGACAUUCUAUUUCAGGAUCCACACCUUUAUCUCAAGUACAGUCUGCGACUCCUACUAAACCCUUAACUUAUGGAGACAAAUAUUUAGCCAAAUAUUUGAAGCGUAGGGGAUUUUUACCUCAAAAACACAUUCUAUCGGGAAAUGAAAUGACAAUAUCUUUUGCUGCUACUGGUAAUCAAGUAUUCUUACCGACACAAUCUACUCAAGCAGAUGAAUAUUUGGCUGACGUUACUGGUACUCAUCAUCAUGAUUUUGAUUCUGAAGAAGAUGAUCUUGAUCAACUCGAAGAAUCGAGUGUUAUAAAUGACUCUAUAUUAUUAACAGAUACUAAUUCCCUUCAAGGUGUCCCAGCUCCAAACGAUCGUACAAUCCAAAUUGAUGAAUCAAUGUCUAAUUAUUCAUUUGCAUUAAUAUUCUCUAUUGCGAAACCUACAAAAAUUACCAAUAUUGAGGUCGAAUUACUUUCUAGGUGUAAAGUGUUUUGGAGUAAAGGUGUACCUCCAUCUAAAACAUUUAAAGAGGAAAUCUAUAAAGUUGCAAGUAAAAAAUGGUCAUUAACUUCUUCGAAUUUUAAUGUAUUCAUUCCUAGCACUAUGAAGAAAAGUGCAGAAGCGGUUCACAAUACAAAUGGCAUCAGAAAAACCGAAUUACUUAAAAAUAUUAAAAAGAAAGAUAGAAUAUAUGGAGAUAAAAAUAGAUCCAUUCGUGAGUUGUUUAAAUCAUUAGACAAAUCUAACCCACAAAAAUUGAAACCAGGUAAAUAUGUGUUUGUGUUUCCCAUUGUAUUUUCUAACCACAUUCCAGAGACAUUUACUGUUCCAUCUGGCCGUGUUGACUAUAUGAUAUGUAUUGCAUCUAAAUUUUUAAACCCAUUUAGAACAAAUGAUGAAUCUGUUGCACCUUUGAUGUCCAGUGAAUUAAACUCAAGCUCCUUAUCUCUUCAAUCUACUGAGAGUAUGGAAAAAGAUAUCAUUCAUUCUGAAACUUCUCAUAAAUCUAUAUUCCACAAAAAUAGACGUGAUUCUAUUUCUGCAUCAACAGAUACAGUAAUUUCAGAAUUAAAUGAUAGAACUAAUUUGUAUGCUGAAUACCCGAUUAAAGUUGUUAGACAACCACCAUCAGUGUCAAUAUCUACCGCAAAUAGACCCAUUUACAUUGACAGAGUUUGGUCAGAUUCACUUUCUUAUGAAAUUUCAUUUGAUAAAAAGUUCAUACCCCUGAAUGGUAAGGUUCCGGUCAGGAUUAAAUUAUCGCCAUUGAACAAAACUGUCUCUGUAAAACGUGUUCGUGUUAGCGUUGUUGAAAAAAUCACAUUUGUCAGUAAAAAUUUUGAAUACGAAUAUGAACAAGUCGAUCUGUUGGCUAAAGAUCCAUAUAAUCCUUAUUAUUUGGAUUUCCAAUCCAGAAGAAGAAAACAACGGAACUUCUCAUUACUUGAAGUUAGAACCAAGGAAAAUGGUUCUCAUGCUCUAAGAGAGGAAGUGAUCGACAACACUGUUUGCGACAACAUACUAUCCUACACUGCCGUUACCAAACCUGCAAAAACAAGUAAACAUAAGAAGAAAUUAGAAGAUGAUAUUGAAUGCAUAAGUGACCAAUGGGUUAUGAAUACUAUCUUAGAAUUUCCGAAGCAUGAAGAAGGAGACAAACAUGUAACAAAGUAUUUAGCUCCUUAUGGUAUUGAUACGUUUCAGCUGACACCAAACUUGGAGAAAGGACCACCUGAGGAGCAUUCUCGUCACGGUAGUGUCAUGAGUUUAUUUUCAUCUUCAAAUGCCACUCCAAAGAAAACUGAGCAUCACAAAACAUAUGAUAAGCGAUUCCACCAAACUAAGAUAAAAAGUAAUUCUGGUGUUUCAGUUAAGAGUCAUACGAUAUUAAAUACCGCUAAGCGUGGUCUUUAUGUCGAUAGUUUAAAUUUCAGUAAUAUCAGUGUUAAACAUAAACUAGAAAUUAUGUUCAGAAUUAGUAAGAAGGAAAUGAUAAAUGGUCAAUAUAAAAUGAAAAAUUAUGAAGUAUUAAUAGAUAUUCCAAUUGUUCUCGUUUCUGAAUUGUGUGAUUCUGGAAAUAUGGAAUUACCAGCGUAUGACUCAAUAACAGACUCAACCUUUUUACGCCAAGGACCUUGUAUUGAUGGUCCACCGCCACCAACUUUUGAGGAUGCCAUCUCCAUACCUUCCACUCCAAUGGGCUCUCCUUUAAUUUCUCCAAUUAGAUUUGCAGAUAAUAAUGAGGAUCUCUGUGGUUUUACCUUGUCACGUAAGUCCUCAUUAGGGGGUGGACCUUCCACACGUUCUGCGCUUUUUGAUGCCCCAAGUGGAGCUAGUUCGAACAAAAGCUCUAGAACUGGCAUUUCAAAUUCACUUGCUACACAGCAUUCUGCUCUUCCCUCUACUCAAGGUGAUAGCAGUUACUCUUCUAAUGAAAGCCAAAGUGUAUUUAAAAAAGGAUAUUCUUUAUCACAAGGAAACUCUUCUUACCAACAAAACUUAGUUCCAAGAGGUGAGGAAUAUGCUUCAUCUAUCAACCCAGGUGCAAACUUAGAGCCUCCAAGUUACGAGGAAGUAGUUCCAGCUAAACCCACUACUGUUAGCAAUGGCCGACAGAUAAUUUCAAGUUAA